AUGAACUGGGAAUUCACGAAAAUAAUCACUACCGAAAACCUCCCGGCUUUUUACAAAAAGAAAGGGAUUUACUUGAUCACUGAAUUCACAAUCAAAGCAGUGAGAGAUUGCUCCAACGUAAAUGGCAUCUCCGGUGUAAAAUCGAACAAAGUCGCCGACUUCAUGAAAGACUGCGAUUUCUAUUACAACGAAUGUCUUUGCGAAAAGAGUGGGGAGGAGAGCCUUAAGCCUGGAUGCGAUUGCUACGAUGCUGACACUUGCCAUGCGAAUGCCAAUCUCCCUGGCGGGUACCACUGCGCGAAGUGUCCUUUCGGCUAUAUGGGCGAGCACUGCAAGAAAAGCAUUUUCUUCAUCGGUUCAUUGGCGAUUUCGAUCAUCUCGCUUACCUCGCUGGCCGGCGCCGUCUUAGCGCCGAUGCGAUCAUGGCCUAUUUAUCCGGACUUACAGUCGGGAAUGGUGGCAUUAGCCAUCGGAUGCCUUUCUGGCGAUGCCGUUUUGCAUUUGAUCCCCAUUAUCUUCGGCUUGCAUGGGCAUGCGCAUAACGAACACGAAGAAGAUCGCCAUCACGGACACAAUCAGGAGCAUCAUGAACUCGACCACCACGGCCACGAAGGUGAAGAAGAAGGGGAAGGACUCCCGCAUAACAUUAUAACUAAAAGAGGGUUGAUGCUUCUACUCGGUCUCUACAUCUUCUAUCUCUUCGAAACUGGCAUCGGACUGUGGCACAGCUUCAAGCAAGCAAAGCAAGAUUCUUCAGACAACGAAAUCGGCGCAAGAAGAAAGUCCUCCAAGUCGAGGCAUUAUUCGGAGAGCGGAGGCCCUGGCCACAAGCUAAGUAUCAUCGAAGACAGAAACAACGAAAUCUGCAUUGACGAAAAGUGUAAUUCGAAUACAGACGACGUUUUUCUCAACCAAAAUGAAGAGACCGCGAUGCUAGAAAACGCGCAAGAAAUGCUGAUAAAGAACGGGAAUGGACACGUAGGUCAUCACGGACACACGCAUGGACACUCGCACGGGCCAAACGACGUCGCUCUCGUUGGCUGGAUGGUGAUUUUAGGCGACGCCUUUCACAAUUUCGCCGACGGUUUAGCGAUCGGUGCAGCGUUCUCGGCUUCCUAUUCGAUUGGAUUAGGCACGGUUUUUGCCGUUUUCUUUCACGAAUUGCCGCAUGAAAUUGGCGAUUUUGCUGUCCUCCUCAGCUCUGGCUUCACUGUCAAAAAAGCCAUGUUCUGGAAUUUAGUUUCUUCGUUCACCUGUUUUAUUGGAUUUUUCUUUGGCGCACUGCUUGGUGAUACAGAAGAAAUUAAAAUUUGGAUUUUGGCGAUUUCAGCUGGUGCAUUUGUGUAUAUCGCGCUCGUUGAUAUGCUGCCUGAGAUUCGUCUGACAACGCUGCCAGAUGGUUGCGACGUCGGGACUAUGCUUCGCCGCUUCUUCGUCCAACAGCUCGGCCUCAUCAGCGGCGUCCUGCUCAUGUGGCUCCUCGCCGCUUUCGAAGAAAAACUCGUUGCCAUCUUCCAGUAA